UAUACUCGGGCCCGCGCUGGCUCAUCCACGAUGGCGUCUCGAGACCCUCGCCCGUCGAAUGACACGGAUCGAAACGAUGAAGAGUCGACCCUUCUGACCGGAGAACGGGUUAGCCGUAACAUCGACGAUGAUUCCCGUCGUGGCCCUCAUUUUUGGCGUCAGGUCGGGCUGUUCACCUGGGCUCUCGUUGCUACCGCCGCCGUCAUUGUCUUAGCGAUCGUUUACCAGCAUGAUCACUCGGUCGCCAAAGACCCCCAUAGAGCCAGACAUGCCGGGAAGAGGAACAUGAUAUUCAUGGUGUCAGAUGGAAUGGGGCCUACCAGUUUAUCUAUGACUCGAUCGUUCAGACAAUACGUUGACAAGCUCCCUAUCGAUAACACCCUUACUCUGGACAAACACCACAUCGGGUCUUCGAGAACGAGGUCCUCCAGCAGCCUGGUGACCGACUCGGCUGCCGGUGCUACCGCUUUUGCAUGUGCAAAGAAGAGUUAUAACGGUGCUAUUUCGGUUCUUCCCGACCACAGCCCUUGUGGAACAGUCCUGGAGGCCGCAAAGGCUGCCGGUUAUAUGACGGGCCUGGUUGUUACUACACGAAUCACAGAUGCCACCCCAGCUUGCUUCUCUUCACACGUAAACAUCCGUGGCUAUGAAGAUUUGAUUGCCGAGCACCAGCUUGGUGAAUAUCCUCUUGGUGUGCAAGUCGAUCUUCUCAUGGGAGGAGGUAGAUGCCACUUCCUACCCAACUCCACCUCUGGAUCUUGCCGUGCAGACGAUAAGGAUUUGAUCAAGCUUGCCAAGUCCAAGGGUUUCCACUACUUUGACGACCGCAAAGGAUUCGAUGCCCUGGAGGAGGGCAAAGCCGCGAAACUACCAUUGCUUGGACUUGUGGCUCCUACUGAUAUCCCGUAUGAAAUCGACCGUCGUUUCCGUAAUAAGGAGUUCCCAUCCUUGGAGGAGAUGACUCGGACCGCACUUAGAACAUUGAGCGAUGCAACUAAGAAUAGCGAGCAUGGCUUCUUCAUCAUGAUUGAAGGUUCGCGAAUUGACCACGCCGGCCACGGUAACGACCCGGCUGCCCAGGUCCACGAAGUUUUGGCAUACGAUAAAGCAUUUGCUGCUGUUCUGGAAUUCCUUGAAAAAGACUCUACCCCUGGUGUUCUUGUCAGUACAUCCGACCAUGAAACUGGCGGUUUGGCCGCCGCAAGACAGCUCCAUGAGACCUACCCCGACUACCUCUGGCUACCCGAUGCGCUUGCAAAUGCCACCCAUUCCUCUGAGUAUCUUGAACCCAAACUGAAUGCCUACCUUCAGGGACAAGGCCACGACCAAUCCCAAUCUAAGAAACGUUCAUACAUUCGUGAAGAGCUCAUUAAACCUAGUCUCGGCAUUUUCGAUACAACUGAUGCCGAGAUUGAUCGCCUUAUUGAUAACACAGGUAACCCAGCCGCAUAUCUCUUUGCCGAUCUUAUCAGUCGCAGAGCUCAAAUUGGCUGGAGUACCCACGGCCACUCAGCUGCUGAUGUUAGCAUCUUUGCCUCGUCUCCUCACGAUGCUCUUCCAUUGGUCGGUAACCAUGAAAACACGGAAGUAGGAGAAUUCAUCGCCUCUUAUCUCAGUCUAGACCUAGACGCAAUCACCCAGAAAUUGAAGGGUGUGAAGACCAAACCCUCUACUACCAGUGAAGGUUCUACCCCUGAUUACUCGUGGAUGGGUAAGCCACUCAAUGAUAUGGUUGUUGAUGAGCUAGAUACCUACCACGGUGAUUUUAAGCGCCGCCUAAGAAGGCGAGGUCCUGAUGAACUCGCUCAUGAAAAACGAUCCAACUGUGGAUGUGAAAACCACUAA